AUGGGUUUAAUUUAAAUUAUAUAACUAUUAGAUAUACUCAACAUAUUACAGCUCAUAAUAACAACAGGUUGUACAUGGAGGAAAAUGAACAGCUAUAAAUAUGAGGUGUAUAGACAUAAAGAAUAUACCAAGUGAGAGAAAUAAAAAGAAUGGCGCGCGCAAGUGAUAAUGGCUACAGGUUAGUCAUGGCUGCCAUGAGGUAAACUAAGGAGCCAAGUGCGCGCAAGUGCGUUGGCAUUUUAUAUCAUUUUAUGUAUCUUUUUUUAAAGAUACAGACUAUUAUUCGGUUGUGAAAAUAAUUGUAUUAUUUUUAUAAGUAUAUUAUAGCUUAUAAUAAUGUUUAAAAUACACAGUAUAUAUAUUAUUAAUCAUUGUAUUUUAUCAUUUAAAUUAUACACUCCUCAUGUUUACUGUCGCAUAUAUUAUAAUUAAAAAGUGAUAAAGCAAUUCAUCCAUUUCGGCAAAAGCUAUGACUUAAUAAUAUUGAUAUGAUAUUGUAGAAAAAAAAGGUAAAUAUACCUUUAAAAAUUAUAAACUCACAAUCAUGGAGCAUGCAGACCUAGUUGCUGAGAUGGUACAUGUGGAAAGAUUGACAACGCAAGAGCGAUUACAUCUUGCUCGACAUCGCAGGCUUCAGCAGCUUAAAAUUUGGCGCCAAAGAGAAAAAGAAUGGUUGCGUCAUCAGACAAAACAUUCAAGUAAUAAAAGAAGCAUAUUCUUUGAUGAUAGUGUCAUGUUAUUAGAAGCAGCAGCCAGAAAUGAUAUUGAUGAAGUACGAAGGCUGUUGAAAAAAGGUGUUAAUCCAGAUUCGACGAAUGAGGAUGGUUUAACUGCUCUUCAUCAAUGUUGUAUUGAUGACAAUGAAGAAAUGAUGAAAUUACUUGUUGAGUUUGGUGCCAAUGUUAAUGCUGAAGACAGUGAAAAGUGGACUCCUUUACAUGCUGCUGCUACCUGUGGUCAUUUACAUCUUGUGCGUUAUUUAAUAACAUCUGGUGCUAAUUUACUAGCUGUCAAUGCUGAUGGAAAUAUGCCUUAUGAUAUUUGUGAAGAUGAACGAACUUUAGAUUGUAUUGAAGGUGAAAUGGCUAGUCGAGGUGUAACGCAAGAGUUGAUUGAUGAAACACGUGCGUCGACAGAGGUUCAGAUGUUACAGGAUUUACAAAAGGCGGUAUCGUUAGGUCAAGAUUUGGAAUACAAAGAUCAUCAAGGAGCUACUCCUCUUCAUAUAGCAGCAGCUAAUGGUUAUCUUCGUGUUGUCGAAUAUCUCUUGGAUCAACAUGUUUCUACAGAUGUUGAAGACAAUGAUAAGUGGCAACCGGUGCACGCAGCUGCUUGCUGGGGUCAUUUAGAGGUUCUUGAACUAUUGGUUCAAAACGGUGCUGAUUUGAAUGCAAAAAAUAAGCACGAUGAAACACCAGCGGAUAUUUGUGAGGAUCCUGAAAUUCGAGAGCGCAUAGUUGAAUUGAAAACAGAACAGGAAAGUAAAAAACUUCGUGAGGCACAGAGUCGGCGUGUACGUAGAUCACAAAGCAUUAACACUAGAACACAAAGUGUGAGACGUACAUCUAUAAGGGAUAAAGUUCUCACGACGAAAAAAGACGCACAAGAAGAGGCUAGAUUGAGAUUACAAGCACAACAAACUUAUGCUCCAACUAAGCCAACAGAUUCGAUAAUUUUAGCAAAUAAUUCUAACGUUCAAGAUAAAACAGAAGAAUCAGAUUCUACUGCAUUAACUCCAGCAGUACGUCGAGGUCCGGAAGGCAAAGACAAUGAUUCGUUUCUUCAUGAAGAUGUUGACAAAGACUCAGUCACAGGGCCUGACUCACCUGUCAACCGACAACAACAAAUUUAUGACAGUGAUAAUAAUGGCAAGAUCAACAUACAUGUGUCUGUAGUUUUCGUGAAAUCAUUGUCGGAUCUGAAGAAACAACGGGCACAAAGUCGGCAUACAAAUCCUAUGGUAGAUGCUAAUGGAAAUGGUAUUCCAGUUUCUUCAACAUCUGAUAAUGAUUUAACUGCGAAUGAUUUUCAACGAUUUUCUGGAAAUACUAGUGAAAUUAUUGGAGAUAGUCAUACGGAACAACGUUGUUGUGUUGUAAUGUAAAAUAAUUUUUUACCUAUUAUGGAAUAAUCAAAUGUGAAAUUUUUUUCGUCCAAUGAAAAAUGCAUUUUUCAUCAUUAAGUAAUUAUAUAAAUAUAUUAUCCAGUAACAAGCAAAGGUUUGAUUUAAAAAAGUUUAUAUUUAGUCUCUAAUGAAUAGAGACAAAAAGCGUAUGUACUUAAAUUGUUGUCUGAUUUUUUUUUAUAAAUAUUUGAUAAGAUUUGCAUAUAUGCAUUUAUAUUAUGAGAUAAUAUCUCAUAUUUUUUUUUUUUUCGUACGGCUCUAUAUUAUUUGUUAAUUAAUUUAUUUAUUUCCGCAAAUAGAUAAAUAUAUUUUCGAUAAAACAUUUUUCUAUUUUAUAAAUUAUUCGUAUUUCUACAUUUUUUUAUGAUACAGCUAAUUAAUCGUGUAAGGAUUAUAAAUAUUGAUAAAAUCAAUAGUAAAUUUUUAUUAAAAAUAUAUUUUUUUCUCAGUUGAAUGAAUUUCGUAUAAAAUAUGAAUUAUCAGCUUUACAAGUUAAAAAAAUGAUUUGAAACAUUUUUGCUUAUACAGAAAAUGUUUUAUAAUUUAAAAGAAUAAAAAAUAUACUGAUUGAAAAUUUAUAUUGAAUCAAAAAAUAUUUUCUUGAGCCAAGAAUUUAUUUCUGAAGAGAGCCAAUUGUUUUGCUUUAAGAAAUUCUUGUCUUGAUUUAGAUUUUCUUGGCUCUAAAGAUUUUAUAUCUUUAAUGGAUAGCUCUCGUGUUUUGACCUGAAACUAUAUUAUCUUUAAUCGAUUUUAUGAAAUUCUUCAAGCAAGACCACUUGUCUUCAACUAAAAAUGUCGUAUUAUCUCUGAUAGCCACCUUAAUCGCAAGUUAACUUCAAGCUACGGCCUAUUCUGAAGUCAACUUAAAAGCAAAUGUUGGAGAGCAAACAGUUGCGGUUAAGUUGACAGUAGAUUGUCUACAUUCAGAUGAUGGCAGUUGAUUUGUAUCAACUUGCACGCAAGUAUUAUCCGCCCAAGACUUGCUAAAACGUUGUUAAGUUAGCCGAAAAUGUUUCACUGCAGAACUUGCUGAGCAAGAUGUGGCUACCAGGGAUUGUUUUAAGAACUUUAAAUUUCUGGUUCAAGUAGUAAUGUCUUGAUGGAAGAUGUUUUCAAAGUAAUGAAAAAAAAAUUUUUUUUUAAUAAACUUUUGCUUUAACAUAUCUAAAGUCAAUAAACGUAAUCCUAAAAAAUCACUUUACAAUUUUUAAUUUUUAAAAUAAAAAAAAAAGUUUUUUUUUAAGUCGAGUAAAUCAAUAUUUUGUUUUAAAAAUCUCACCGUUCUCGAAGUAAGUUGGUAAUGUUUUAAACCUACAUUUUUGCCUAUCUUAAUCCAAGAGCAAGAAAUUCUCAAGCGAAUUAUAUCAGUAUUUUGUUUCAAAACAAAAAGUGCAUCAUUGGAGAAUAAAAUUUUCAAAUGAAGAAUUUUUGUCCAUCCAAGAAUUUCAAUUUUUUGGUUCAAGAACUUAUUUCUUGAAUUAAAAUAAUUAAAAAUUUUGAAACAAGAAUCACAUUUAAAAAAAAAUUUUUUUUCUUGAAUCAAGAUAGUUUUGCUAUCAGUGUAAAAAUAUUUGCUCAUUAUAAUUAUGUUUAACUAUAAUCGUUACUUGAAAGUACUAUAUUUUGGCCGGUGAGACUUGGGUCUCUCUUUGUGUCUAUAAAGUGUUGUGAUUAAUAGAUGCGCAAAGUAAUAUUUUUUAUAAUUUUUAUUAAAAUAAGUAUUAAGUAGGAUAAUAGUUAAGAUAUUUUGAUUAAUGAUUUUAUCGAAUUGUUGCGUAAUUAUUAUCUCGAUUCUUAUUCAUUGAAACAUUACGUACCUAUUACUUAUUAUUAUGAAUGUUUGAAAUAUCAUAACGCUGAUAAUAUUAAAGUAUGAAUCUCAAAUUAUGAUACUUUAAUAGUUCGAGUUACUGACACGUUCUUAAUUCUUCCGAAAUUUACAACGAUAGAAUAUAUUAUUGUUAUUUAUAAGUAGUUAAGUACUUAACUAGGAAUACUUAUUACUUUAAUAAUUAUGAAUUCAUAAAAAAAAAACCAAAGCUCAUUCUUCAAAACCACGUACUUAAACUAAAUUUAUAAAAUUUCAUGUUUUUCGGUGUCUAUAAACUAAAAGAAAAAAAAUGUAGCGCCGGUCAAUUGAAAAACAAAAAUUUUUUCGAUAAUUAUGUAAUUAUUUAAAUUAAAAUUCCAAAUUGAAUGUAAAAAAUAUAAGCAGUAGUGAUAAAUUGAAACAAUCAAAAUUAAAAAACUUUUAAUAAUAAAUGUUGUUUCGAAUUCACAUAAUAUAGAGAAAUUUAACAUUAACUAUAUAGAUAUUUUCAUGAUAAAAAAAAAUUUCUUUGAUAGUUAUUAACAAGUUGUUGAAAGUGAAAAUAAAAAAUUUUCUAUUUUAAGAUUGAAAUGGAUCAAAAAAUAUAAAUAAAAAUAGAACAAAAUAGAACACUAUAAGUAUAAGGGGAAAGUAAAAUUUAGUAUUGAUUGUUAAAAUUAAUAAAUUAUUGUACAUUGGUUGAAGUCGUAUAAAUUAAUUAUAAAAAAAUUUGUAACUUAUGUUAAAUUUAGUAAUUGUAUAUAUCUUUUGUUGAAUACUCUAAAUUGAAAAUAUAUUGUAUAAAUCAUUUUAUCUUGUAUACUCAUUCGGUAAAUUUCAUUGUAAUGAAUGUGAACAAUUAUUUAUAAAUUCUAUUUUCUACUAUUUAAGUACAAUUAAAAACAUUCCGUAUUAAUUAUAUUUAAAACACUUUUUAUUCUACUUUCAAAACAAAUCAAAUUUAAGAAAUUAUAAUGUACUAUGUUUUUUAACAAUAGCAAAUUACACCAAUAAUUUAUAAUAAUUUUAAUUAAUUAUUUGAAUGAGUCUAAAUUUGAAUCCAUUUGUUUUCUAAGCAUUCUUAUAAUCUUAAUAUUUUUUUCAUAAGUGACUUAUUUUUGUGUUCAUUACACAUUUUUAUUGUAUAUUUAUUAUAGAAUAUUAUUUCAUAUACGGGGCAUUCCACGCCAAAUCGACCACUUUUGACCCCGACCCCUGUCGAUUUGGCUGAAAUUUUUUUUUCCUUUUCUACCCCAUUAAAAUCAUUUUUCAGGAAAUUUUAAAAUUUUUUUACCCAACCCAAAAAAAGUUAUGAGUUUUUCAAAAAUAAGGCGUUCAUUUUUUUAAAUAGCUAUAACUUCUUCAAAAAUUGACCAAUUGGGAUGUUUUUUUUUUUUUUUUCAAAAUUUUUGUCUUUCAAUGUACUUUUCAGAAAAAAAUACAAGAAAAUUUUAGAUGAUAAACUCUAUGAAAAUUUUGGCGUUUUUAAGAAAAACCGCCAUUCUCUUAAAGUUCCCCAUAUUUUAUUUUUUUUUUUCAAUUUCUCAAUAAAAACUUCAAUUAAUUCUGCAAUUUUUCCCGCCAAUCCCAGAGUGGGCGGACCUUUCCUUCUAUUUUUUUUUAUCAAUUGAAAAAAAAAUUUUUGUCCAGUUGGGCUUAUUUUACAAAACAUCACUCUGGAAAUUUUUGAGAAUUUCUCGAAGACUUCAGAGUUUGAAAAAUUGAGACGAAAAAAUUAAUUAAAACUGGUAAUCCUGGAAAGAAUUUGGAUUUUUUUUUAAAAAGUGAAAAAAAAAUAGAAGAUACCUAUAAAUAAUUUUAUUGUAAUUUUUUUUUAAAACUACACCUGAAAACAAAGAAAAUAAAAAAAAAAGUUGCCCUUUGGUUUAUUUUUGACCAAGUCGCAGGCUUUCGAAAAAUAAAUCUAACGCACAUCGCUAUUCCAAAAACCUGUGACUUGGUCAAAAAUAAACCAAAGGGCAAUUUUUUUUUUUUUUUUUUUUUUUCAUUUUCUUUAUUUUCAGGUGUAGUUUUUAAAAAAAAAUUACAAUAAAAUUAUUUAUAGGUAUCUUCUAUUUUUUUUUCUCACUUUUUUAAAAAACAUCCAAAUUCUUUCGAGGAUUACCAGUUUUAAUUAAUUUUUUCAUCUCAAUUUUUCAAACUCUGAAGUUCAAACUCUGGGAUUGGCGGGAAAAAUUGCAGAAUUAAUUGAAGUUUUUAUUGAAUAAUUAAAAAAAAAAUCAAAAAUGGCGAACUUUAAGAAAAUUGCGGUUUUUCUUGAAAAAGCCAAAAAUUUCAUAGAGUUUAUCAUCUUAAAAUUUUCUUGUAUUUUUUUCUGAAAAGUACAUUCAAAGACAAAAAUUUUGAAAAAAAAAAACGUCCCAAUUGGUCAAUUUUUGAAGAAGUUAUAGCUAUUUAAAAAAAUAAAAGCCUUAUUUUUGAAAAACUCAUAACUUUUUUUGGGUUGAGUAAAAAAAUUUUAAAAUUUCCUGAAAAAUAAUUUUAUUGGGGUAGAAAGAGAAAAAAAAUUUUCAGCCAAAUCGAAAGGGCUCAGAGUCAAAAGUGGUCGAUUUGGCGAGGAAUGCCCCAUAUAUAAAUGCGUAUACAAUGUAUUUUAUGUAUGAUUUGGAAUAUUUAUUAAGUUGAAUGCAUUGAAAUAUGAACUACUGGUAUAAAAAUAAAGAUAAUGUAAUUUAUUUUUUAUUAUUAUUAUCAUUAUAAAUUUAUUUGUAUAUUUAAUUUAUUAAUUUAUUCAACAAUUAUUAGUCCGUUAAUUCAGCAAUUAAUUGUAAUUUUUUCAUGGGUAAAUAAUUUGUACAAAUUGUAUUGAAUAAUAAAUGAACGGAUCUAUCAAA